UUGAUCACAUGGUGUGAGCAAAAAGCCAGAGGACAGUCAGAUGCAGCUGAAAGCUAGAAGAGAUUCAGGAGACAUUAGGGUGCUUUUACCUGUGGAUAAUACUGUUAAAGGAAAGUGAAAUAAGAUGCUAUCACGCUGGAUUAGAGCACCCUGUAUGUGUGCGUGUUGUAGAGGCUCACGUGACACUGACGCGGACUCUGUUCACCCUAAUGGAAAGCAUAUUUAUACUGCAUAAAUGUAUUCUUAUCCCCUACAUAGCACUAUGUGCCAUCCCCACCUAAGAAUAAGCGAAUGUAUUCACAACUGUCUCAUUUCAUGCACUUGUGAUUUCAGGCGCAGGUUCAGUGUAAUGUAGGGGGUGGGAUGCUUCAAAGUCUAGGGAGCAUUUGAUUGGACAGAAAAUUUGAUGAGAAGCGUAGGAUGACGUCAUAAAAAUUCUAGACUUUUUUAGCACACUUGCAGAAAUGUAAGGUUUGAAUGCUGAUAUCUUCUGUAUUUGAAUUUUGUCACCGGUUCGGACAAUACCAGUUUAUAACCAGUUACAUUUGAUUUAAUAGGGACUUAAGUCUGUAUCUGUUAAAGCAGCAUUCAGUUUAGAUAUAAGCAUGUUUCAUAUUUUAUAUUAUGAGAGAACUGAUAUUAUUUUGACAUAUUUUGAUUUUUUUGUAGAAAUGGCCACUGACAGCACUCAAGUUUCCUCUGGUGAUCCUGAGUUGGGGCCUCAGAAAAACAAGCAGAGAACCAAAGUGUCUGAUAAAAUAAAAUUUUUAAACUUCACAAAAUCAAAAUCUGCACAUGAAAGGCUAUCAGCGGACCUGGAACAGAACCGUCUGGCUGAAGCACAGAAGCUGCUGGUGGCAGCUGAGGAACGUCUGUUUGGUUCGAAUGAAUUGGCCAGAGCCGAAGAAGAGGUGGACAAGCUGCAGGCAGACUACGAAACCUUUAUUCUUAAUUUGAAGAUGAUCAUCUAUGAGUCCUUCAUUGAGGACAACCAGGAGAAACUCAAGAGUGCUGUGACUGCCAUACUUCAGGAGGAGGCACAGGACAAACGCUGGGAGACACUGGCCAUGGAGAAACGUCCAGUUUGGAGGCCGAUAAGGUGCAGAGAGAUCCAUGACACACAACUCAAGACUGUUGUGGAAGAACGAAUGAAAAAUGCAAAUGAAGAGGAGAAUGGGGCGGACAAGCUGUCUUCUCCCUUGAAGAGAGAAGUGUGCCGACUGGGCAAGCAAAUACAAAAAGAUCUGCUGGUGGUGGUCAGACGGUUGAGGGAAUGUUAUCCACCAGACUUUAACAUUUGCAUAAUUUAUGCCCAACUUUACCAUCAAGCUUUCUCCACCAGACUCCAGGAGCUGACCAGAUCUAGUGUUGAUGUUGAGGAUUGCUGCUAUAUAUUAAGUUGGAUUACAUUUCACUACCCAAGCGAUGUGCUGACCCAUCAGGAAUUGAAAGAGCACAUCGACCAAUCAUCGCUUGGACCUCUACUGCCUGAAGGAACGCUUAAGAUAUUACAUGAACAGUACUUUUCAUACAAAGAGGAAGAAGCCAGAAAGUGGUUGUCUAAUGCUUUUGGGAAAGAAAUGAAGAAAUGGAGUGAUGGCAUUGAGCCACAACUGGUGGAUGGAUUUUAUGUCAGCAGCCUUGCUGUAGAUAUUAUACCGCUUAUUGAUUCAUCUAUGAAGGAGAUCAAAGCGAUUUUGGGCUCUGAAAGUAAAAACGAGUACAUUUUAUGCCAGCUGGACAGUUGUCUAAAAGAGUAUAUGAGAAAUCUAGAGGAACUUAUCAAAGUUAAACAAGGAGGUGCUGCUAAUACUCUCUGUGCUAUUCUGGUUAGCAUUCAGCAGUUUGGGGUUUAUGUACAAGAAGCAGAAAGUCUUUUCCCAGAAAAGACUAGAAGAAUACUGUUGUGUACAUUAGGAAACAUCAAAACAAUUUGUCAGCAAUAUUUUCUCAGUCGAAUUCACACAGAACUGAAGCCGCUGUACCGUAAGCUUUGGACUGACGCCUGGUGUCAUAGGCACGAUGAGGUUUUGGAUGGGCUGGUGAAAGGACUUGAAAAUCAUAUACAUAAUUUGGAAACGCUGGAGUCUGUUUGCCAAGAGGAACUGCUGGGCAAGCUGCAUUUAGCAGUAAUGGUUGAGUAUGUGAGGCAAAUGAUGAAGAGAAAACAGAAGCUGAAAGGGAAGAAACGACAGGAGGAAGCAGCUGACUUCAUGUGCCAAGACAACCGAAUGAUCUGCUCUACAUUUUCCGAAGCGGGGUCCAAUGAAAAAUGGCUUUCUGAAAUACUGCCAAGAUUAUCUGAGAUCCUGAAACUUCAAGACCCUGGGAGCCUUGAACUUGAGAUAGUUUCACUAGCAAGAAUCUAUCCUGACCUGAGUAAGCAACAUGUUGUUGCUGUCUUAAACCUGAAAAGCAAUCUUUCAAGCUCGGAUCUGCGUGGGAUCAAAGAAUGUUUGCGUGAUAACAGGGACACGCAGGAUGAUCAGUCCUCCCCUUCUUUCUUUUCCAAAGUAAUUGUGAAAAAGAAAAUCUUAUAAGUGUGCUGUUUGAUCUCUAUGUACAUAAAUGUGAUACAAAAAUCAGAUUUGAAGCAGUUACUUUUUGUUGAUGUUUGAACUGUUUUCAAACAAACGGAGCGUGGCUAACUCCUCCCCUUCCCCCUCCCUUCCGUGCUUUCAUGAACACACCUAACCCCCACCCCCAAAUCCUUCUUGUCGUUUAUUGGCUGGAACACUUUGUUAUCGUUUCUGAUAGUAGGUUUGGCCACUUUGUUUUUAUUGCCGUUUGUGGAGCCUGGGCUGUCUACAGAGAUUGCCUUUUUCUUACAGUUUGAUCAGCGGACAGGCAGCAAGCAGAUAGUGAGGAGAUGAUUGCUGUAUGUAACAAAAAAUGUUUCAUGGUCUAAAACGCGUGAGUUCGUUUAGAACACCUUUAAUGCAUUCUUAUUUGAAAUUUACUCAGUCAAAUGUAGGCUACAAUAUGAUUUGAAAUUAAAGGUUUUAGAUCUCUGUGAAAGGUUUCAAAUCGGUUUAAAGUGCACCUAUUCCAUUGAUAAAAACAACCUUAUUUUGUGUAUUUGGUAUAACAUCACAUAUUUGCGUGCAUUGGGUUUAUGGUUAAAAAACACAUUAUUUCCACAUACCAUACAUUUUUGUAGCUCCAGAUAUCCUGUAUUCCGCAAGCGCACUGAUUUUGUACAAAACUCAUCGAUCUGAAAAGCACUGUGUCCCUGAUUGGCCAGUUAAUUUGUACAUUGUGAUUGGCCUAAAUACCUCUGGCAUGAGCUGGAAAUGGGACACUCCUGUAACACUUUAUAUUACGACCCGCAAUGUACCACGUAAUUAAACCGAAUUUACAGUAUUUGUAACAACAGAGUACCUCUACCGCACGUACUUGUAGGUAUAAGUGAACAAUAUGUUAAGUUUGGGGUAAUAAGAGGGUAAGAAUAUGGAAAAUUAUAAAAAAGUGUUACCGACGCUCCUUACCAUGUUUGAAAGAUUCACUCACAAUGCAAUGCUAACAGGAGUUAACUUUCAGGCUGUGAGUCAAAGCAGGAGGAAUUAUGAUAAUGUUGGCCUUGUCACCAAUCCCAGGAAGUAAACUGUUGCCUACAAUCCGUGUGUUUGUUGUAGUCCAAGAAAAGAGAUUUAUGUUGGAGACGAUAACUCAGCGUCAUCGUUUACUUUGUGGUUUGAACCUUUUGCAUGUCGUUAACAUGUACUAAUACACACUUACACACCAAAGGAAAUGUAAAAACGUGAAUUGGAUUGGUGCUCUUUAAAUGAAUGUAAAUUAUCAAAAAAAAUCUGAUGAUUAAUCAUAAUUCAUGUAAAAUCGUGAAUCGGAUUGGUGCUCUUUAAAUGAAUGUAAAUUUGCAAAACAUCUGAUGAUGAAUCAUGAAAAUGUGAUCUUUUUGUAUAUGUUUAGACAUAAUUUAAUAUGUAUGUAAAUGUAUGUUUACUGUAUGUGUGCGUGUGUAAUGAGGAUAUAAAUAUGUAAAACUCAAGCAGUUUCAUUAGUAUAGUAUAGGCCUGUAUUAUGAUUAUAUAAUGUGUUGAAUCACAAUGCUAGAGUAAUAAAUGCAUUUUUAAAAUCCCUAAAUUGGCAAUGUAUAACUAUCAUAUCAUUUAUACAAUAUUUUGCAUUUAUAUAUUUUAUUUGUUGGUUUUGCUCUAAAUUUAGAUAAACUAGUGUAAUUAAAGGGAUAGUUCAUCCAGAAAUAAAAAUUCUCUCAUCAUUUACUCACUUUCGUAUUGUUACAAACCUGUAAAUGUCUUUGUUCUGAUGAACACAAAGGAACACUGUUAGACUUAACUGUAAUUUCUACAGUUACUUACCACAAAAUGCCCAGUAAAAUACCAUAAUUUUUCAGUUCAUUACUGUAAUAUGCAUUGCAUUAUGGGUAUUGACAUUUAUUUUACAGUGAUUUACUGUAUGUUUUGAAUUUGCAGUAGACUGCUGUAAAACAACAGCAGUAGUGCUACUGUAGUUGAAUAAAACAGUGUUAUAAAAGCAUAUAAAAUGGAAAAAUAAAAUAUAUCUAUGAAAUUAAAUACAUUUUAUUUGUUAUGCUUUUAGCAGUGAAGCAAAUUUCAAAAUGUGAGUUGUUUUUCAGCAGUGUAAAUAAUUUAUUGAGAAUUGUUGACCGUCAGAUUUGAAUUUGAUCUCAAGACUUCAAAACACUCGUGACGCCAAGAUUUCGAUCCUUGGAGUGUCGGGAGAGUGACAGAAGAGGCUACUUGGGGAGUGUAGCGAGUAACUUUUAUUAAGUGACUCUGUGGUACUGUGAUAGUGGAUAGUAUUAUGGACCUAUGACAAGGGCGACCCGGGUUCGAUUUCCCUUCAAGGCAAUAUAUUUUUUAAAACUAGGUUAAAGUAAGGGUAUUAUACUGUACAAUGGAA